CCUGCUCGGUUGAGGAACACUUUACUCGCUUCCAUAAACACACUGUAUUAUUGAUGGGGUAGCAGCGUCUAUAUCUUCAGCGGGAGAACAAAACAAGCUGAACGAUCAAGAGAUCACAUCCGUGAUCACAUCAAGUGAAACGACUUGCUGCCAAGAUGUUGGUUCACCACUCUACAGAGAUCAUGAUGGCUGUACUCCAGGAAGAAAAUGGGAACUGCAUCCAUGAUGCCACCCUGCAGUACUUGAUUUUACUUUUUGCCAAAGUUGCUCUGAACACACUCGUCUUGUCUUUCUGGUUAAGGAGCAUUCCCAAAACACUCCUUGGUGUCUGCAGCAUCUCUAUAUACAUAGCUGACCUGCUGCUGAUCUGCUUCAUCUCCUGGGCGUGGCUGUUCCGACAGAACCCCGUCACCCAUGAAUUUGUGUGCUUCAGCCUUUCACACAGCUCCACGGUGUACUCCUUACUACCUCUGCCUGUUCUUCUGGCAGGAGCUUUAGACUGUUUACUCCAACAGCAUAUGGGCUUUGGUUAUAAGUCAGUAGGCAGGACUGCUGUCCACUGUGUGGCGAUGGUGCUGAUGUGGAUGCUGGCUAUCUUUUACUCAUCCUGCUACAGUAAGACAGAUCUGCUGACCAUCGAGUAUAAACAAGGGGUCAAGUCUCUUGUGUGUCCUGUACAAGGAUCUUCAGAAGUCAGUUACUUCAGUUUGACUCUAUUCGUAAUUGUAGGCUUUGCACUUCUGUCUCACUGCAGGAAGCUCCCACGCUGGGUUUGCCAGGCUAACAAACUGGACAAGCAAGGGACAAGCUCACUGUCGAUUAGUGAUCUAGCUUUCUCAAAAAAUUUGGAAAAGCUUGAAUUGGGAGCUAUGACGGAAACACGCAUGAUAAACCAGCAGGAUCAUCCUCCUUUGGUGAUCAGCCUGGUGAUUUGUUUUGCAGCAAACUGGACACCUUACCUGCUAAUGAGCAUCGUCUGUGAUCUCCUGGGAUUUGCAGUACCGGCUUACGCAAGUGUCAAUCUCCUUUGGACGGCCUGUGCCAACAGUUUACUGGUGGGCGUGGCGUUCUGGUACAGAAGCACUAAGCAUGGACCUUUCUGCACACUGCCAGAUGACAUCUGUCCAUGGAGCUUUUACUGGUAUUUAAGUUCAGAAAAUGGCCAGUUUGUAGCCAACACAAAAGUCUAUGAGGGACAAGACUGAGGAGUCAACCCUACUGACUGGACACGAACUACUAUUAGUCUGAACAUGUGUGGCAUAAAGACAAGAGGUGACAGGAAGAUCCUACACCGCACAGUGUUGUAGUGGUGUUUUUUUAUUACCAUUUUUUUCUAUUUUAUACUAGACCUAGAUUUCCUUGACAAAUGGGGGGGAAAGUGGAGUACCUGGAAAAAACGCACACAACUCCAUGAACACAGACCCAAGGUGGGUAUCGAAGCUAGAAGCGAAUCGAAGCUAAAUUCCAGCACCAUAUUACAUAUUUUUAAACGUAUAAUGUCCAUGCACAAUUUUAAUAAAUAACCUACAGUAUCUGAAGCAUUACUGUUUGUGCUGUAAAGAGACCAUAUUCACGCUUUUAUAAAUUUGUGCUGCUGUGCACUGAAUACCAAAUCUAAUCAAUGCAGUUUAUAAUCAGAUACAAAAUAGCUGUCAUAUUCUGAUCUGUUAUAUUUUACUAAUAUACCAUCUAUGAAUAUACCAAUUAUUCUGACCUGAUCAGGAAUAAUUUUAAAUCGGAAUAAGAGAGCUGAUAUCUGGUUUAAUAGGUAAAUGUCAGUCAUGUAAUCAACUGAUCUAAUAGUUUCCCUCGUUAUGAUAUCUUUAGGUGACGUGACAAUACGUUAUACUUUUUCUUCUUCUUGUUAUAUUUCCGACAGAUUAAACACUAACAAGCGGGGCAGCACCAUUUUGCUCACGUCAAAAGAAGUUACACCCUAAUUCAAUGCUUUGAGCAUGCAAACACACAUCUGAUCAGAUCAGCGUCCGAGUUGGAACCUCUAAUCAGAAUUAUUUGAGAGGAUUUAAGAAAUAUUGGGACGAACAGUGGGAUGAAAUCUUCAAAUGUGAUUUUCAUGCAAAUACGGCCUAUUCCAGGAGAGGCUGUAGUUUAAAUAUGAUACAGAAGCAUAAUGAUACAUAAGUGCAAUACACCUUGCAAUCUGUUAAAACAAAUGUGAUGAAGGGGUGAACUGUCGAUGUAAAAGAGUGACUUAAAUUUUUAGAACUUCUU